UUCUUCACCAACAAGUGUAGGAACUGAACCACUCCCAAGACUUGUACUUCAAAAUGGCGACUAGUGCUCUCUCGCUCUCUCACCAACUCCUCUGUAUAUAUUCAUCUGAAACCAACCAAUCAUAUAAACCACAACCCCUCACCAGAAUCCCAAAACGCGCCGUCGGACUCCGCACCCUCCUCAAAUCCACGUCCUCCAAGCACAACUCCACUUCACUUCAGAGUUCGCCGGAAGACCCAAAACCCACUAUCAAACCCAAACGACCCGACCCGAGUCCGCCUUCCGAGUCGUCCCUCUUCGAUUCACCUUUAUUCAUCAGCCUUCGUCGGUUAAGAGAUGAGAGUUUCACGUAUGAUGGGAUUGUGGUGGACAUUUUAUCAAUUGCAUUACCUGCUGCUUUAGCUCUGGCUGCUGAUCCCAUCACCUCUUUGGUUGAUACAGCCUUUGUUGGGCAUUUAGGAUCUGUGGAAUUGGCAGCAGUUGGUGUGUCAGCUUCGGUGUUCAAUUUAGUCUCGAAAUUGUUUAACGUUCCGUUGCUGAACAUUACCACAUCUUUCGUGGCGGAAGAGCAGGGAUUAGUUGGCAAGGCUGAGGAUGGUUCUCAACAGAUUGGUGAUGAUUUCCAGGGUGAGAAGCAAAGCAAGAAGUUCCUAUCCUCGGCAUCAACUUCAUUGGCUCUUGCAGCUAGCAUUGGCAUUGCUGAAGCUGUUGCCCUUUUUCUUGGUUCUGGUGUCAUGAUGGAUGCCAUGGGUAUAUCUGCUGAUUCACCAAUGCGAAUACCUGCUGAGCAGUUUCUUUCUCUAAGGGCAUUUGGUGCCCCACCCAUUGUAAUUGCACUCGCUGCACAAGGAACAUUUCGUGGAUUUAAGGACACUAAGACACCUUUGUAUGCCAUCUGUGCUGGAAAUCUGCUUAAUGCUGUACUGGAUGGUAUAUUGAUAUUUAUUUUUAAUCUCGGCAUUGGUGGUGCUGCAGUCGCUACUGUGAUUUCUGAGUAUUUGAUCGCUGCUAUUCUUUUGUCGAAAUUGAGCACCCAAAUAUUAUUUAUCCCUACUAGUAUUGAUGGAAGAAGAAUUGUCCGUUAUCUCAAAUCUGGGGGUCUUCUUAUUGGCAGAACCUUAGCAGUGGUUAUAACCACGACACUAGCCACAUCCAUGGCAGCAAGGGAGGGUCCUGUACCUAUGGCUGGUCAUCAGAUUUGCAUUGAAGUUUGGCUAGCAGUGUCGUUGCUUACUGAUGCAUUAGCUCUUGCUGGUCAGACACUUCUUGCCAGUGGUUAUUCACAAAAGAAUUAUGAAGAAGCACGCCAAGUGGUUUACAAAGUUUUACAGCUCGGUUCAGUGAUGGGCAUUGGUUUGGCUGGCAUAUUAUUUAUCAGUUUUAAACCGUUUUCUGGCCUAUUCAGUACAGACACAGAAGUCCUAGCGAUUGCAUGGUCUGGUAUACUGUUUGUUGCUGGAUCUCAGCCGUUUAAUGCUAUAGCAUUUGUUCUUGAUGGGCUGUACUAUGGAGUUUCGGACUUUGAAUUUGCUGCUUAUUCGAUGGUGCUAGUAGGACUGGCUUCUUCCAUCUUCAUACUUUUGGCUGCCCCUGCUUUUGGUCUUGCUGGAAUUUGGGCGGGGUUAUUUCUGUUCAUGGCAUUGCGUGUAAUAGCUGGAAUUUGGAGGUUGGGUACGAAAAGUGGACCAUGGAAACUGGUCUGGGAUCAAACGGAGUUGGAAACUUAGUAAUCAUCUUGUAAAGGGAAAAAGUUCUAGUCUGCUCCUACAUUGAAUGCCAUCGGGGCUGUUGGAUACUAGUAAGUUCACCAAAGUUCAUGCUAAUGGAGUAACCUUUAUCUGUGCUCCGGUGACGAGAUAUGAUUUGUCACAGCGGUCAAGUCCAAUCUGAAUUACCAACACUAGCUGAAUCAACAAGAGAUUGCUUUCGUUGAGCUAAUUUAACAUGCAAGGAGUUCGGAAGUUGACAAAAGGUCCGUUCCAAAUUUCUUCUCUUACAUUCUUUACCAGGUUCUUGUAAGUUGUAGGUUGUAGCCAUGGGCUCUUUUUGUAUGCAAAUAGAGUCAACUGCAGUGAUGCAGGAGGAUAUAUGGCACAACUUCAAGGAAAUUAUUUGUUAUUUAAUUAUAAAUAUGUAAAAUUUGAUAUUUGAAUCAUUCUACAAUUAUUUAGGUUAUUAGCUUUCCAUUUUAACGUCAGUCUACUUAUUCU